ACAAAAAUAAUAUUACAAAAAAAUCAAAACAAUCUUUUAAUUUAAUCGGACCGCGAAUAUGCAACCGCACCGCCCGCCGCCCCUGUGAUCGUGUGUAGUGCGCAGCCAUGGCCACGCCCCCGCCCUCGCCCACUUUGGCAACAGGCGCGGCAGAGAGCGCGGUGGACGCAGCAGCAGAAGACGCAACAGCGGAGCAUCCGCAGCAGAAACAGCGACUGCAGCAACAACAACAGCUGGCCAGGAAUUCGCUUCUCGCGGAUUUGCGAAGAUCCACGAAUUUCUGGUUCCGGGCUGCCAAAUCCAAGGAUAGUCUCCAAUUGCUGGCCCAAAGCUGCACCCGUAUUCUGCAACAUGGACUGUUGCAGCCCGUGGAACUUCAGCGACUGGCGGACGACUUUGAGUUUCUGCUGGCGAGUGCGGGAAAGCAGCAGCAGUCGCAGGCCAGGCCGCCCCCUUAUCGCUCGGAUUGCGCCAGAGGCAGUGCAUCGUCGGCGGUGGCCGGAGUGGAGGAGUUCCUUGGCGAGUGGACUAUCCGCUGCCUGCGCGCCCGCUGCCUCUCGCAGUGCCUCCAGACGCUGGUCUCCGAUCCGGAGCUGAUGGAGCUCUACUAUCCCAGCGAGGAGGCCUUUCUGCGGCGUUCCAGUGACGCCACCGCUCUGUUCGUUUGCCUCACGGCUGUGCAGCUCAACCAGAGCGGCCUGCUGGGCCAGCUUGAAGUCAGGCAUCAGCUGCGCCAUCGACGCACCUGCUCCCAGCCGAACUUCAGCAUCUCGCCCAAACUGCAAGUGGUGCCGGAGGAGAGACUACAGAAGCGCAGUUUCCUCAGGCGACUCAAGAGCCUGCCUAAUCUCACUCAGGAGGACGAGGAGUUGGACGACAGGACAUCCUUUAGACGGCGCUGCCAAACGUUCAGCAGCUCGAGGAGCGCCAAGCCGAGGGAGGACCACCUGGACGCACCUUCCACCAGUUCCUGCUCCUCCAGCGACAGUCCCAAACGCAUCCAGCUAAUCAACUGUGAUGACAUAAAAAUCUGGACCGACCAAACGCCCCAGGAAGUGGCGCCCGAAGUGCACGAGAAGAAGAUGCAGGAGGCACCCAAGGUGUCCUCGUCAGUGGGCAGUUAUUUGGGCAGUUUCUUUGGCUCAACGCCCCUGUACACCAGCUGGUUUCAGCGGGGCGUGGGCGAGGAUCUGAAUGCCUCCGGCGAUGGCGGCAUGCUGGACACCUUUCUGCCCGUCAACGGUCGCAAGCUGAAGAAGCAUCAAACCCUCUUCGAGGGUGUCAGCAUGCUGGACGAGGCUGCUGCCACCACAACCGGAGGGACCUCGGCUCCCUGGGAUAUUCAAGGUUCGGCCGGUGGGGGCAGUACCACCUCCACCACAGCUUCCAGUUCGGUGAGCAUCACGCCGGGCAGCGAUAAGAUAGAUCAGCAGUCGCUGGCCUCGUUCCUGCAGAUGUCCCGGCAAACGCACAACAACACGCAGCUGGAGAAGGAGAAUGCCCACUUUCGGAUCUCGGAGGCCUGCAUCACGGCCAUAGAGCACGUCAAGUGGAGCAGGCGGUUUGCCAGGCCAGCGGGACCGGCAAACACGAAUCCCUCGGAGCCAAACCUGAUGCCUUACGUGGAGCAGAUACCCGGCGAAGUGCAGAGCAACAGUGCCGAGGCGGUGGGCCUCCAGCUGAUAUCCCGCUUUAGUGAACAGCAGCUGCCGCGAUUGGGACACCUCAAGUGGCUGGUCUCCGAGCAAGAGGCACCCCAGCAACUGCUGCCGCUGCCCAUUCCCAAGCACGAGGAUCACGAGCAGGCCAGCCUGACCAGAGGCACCGCCAGCUGGGCACCGCCACGUCAGCAGAUCAUAUUCACCGAACAUCCCUCGGAGAAUCGCAGCAAGGUGCUGCAAAGGCAGAACAAUCGCUGUGCCGGCUGCGGUAUGCGGGUGGCCAAGCAUCUGCAGCAGCACUUCCGCUACUGCACGUACCUGGGCAAGUACCUGUGCACUGGCUGCCAUCGCAACCAGAUAUCCGCAAUCCCCGCCAGGAUCUUGCGCUCCUGGGACUUUCGCUGCUAUUCGGUCUGCUCCUUUGCCUACCGCCUGAUCGAGCAGAUGUACGCCUUUCCGCUGUUCCAUGUCCCGGAUCUGAAUGGCCAGCUGUACAAGCACAAGGAACUGGCCAGGGCGAGGAGGAAGCGGCUGCAGCUGCGGGCGGUCAAGGGAUUCAUAGCCAACUGUCGCUUUGCCACGCGAGAGCAGGCGUUCUUCACUGCCAUUCCGGCGCACCUAACCCAGGAUCCGGACAUGUGGUCCAUGUGCGAUUUCGUGGACGUGCAGAACACCAGCAUGAAUCGCUCCAUCAAGGAGGUGAUCGCUCUGAGCGAACAGCACGUCCACAACUGCGUGCUAUGUACGGGUCGUGCCUUCCUUUGUGAGCACUGCAAGGGCGGUGAGCUCAUCUACCCGUGGCAGCGAAAGGUCCAGCGCUGCGAUCGCUGCGGAGCGUGUUUCCACAACGCCUGCUGGAAGAUGGCCAGUCGGUGUCGCAGCCACGACGACCCGUGUCCCAGGUGCUCUCGUCUCCAGAAUCGAGCCAGCUAGCAUCCGAUCAAAGUGGAGUUGAAGAAGCAACUCAGAAUUCGAAGGGCUGGAUAGGAAAUGAUGGCGAAAUCUAGUGAGAUCAAUAUUCGUCUUGGAAACUAUUCUUGUUCAGGCGUGCUCCCCUUUUCACUGAUAGAAAUUUUGGCAGGGGUUGAGAAAGUAAUCUUCUAAAUAACUCCUUUUGGUGGGAAAAGUUAAUGAAUAACGUCUUAUUUUUGUAAUUAAUUUAAUUAUUUUUUUUACAUCACAAAAGGUAUUGAUAUUAAUCAGUUAAUAUAUUUAAGGUUAGUCAUGCAUUCGAUCUGUCUCAAAAUCGAUUUAAAAGAUCACUUUCUCUUCUUUGUAUAGCUAUGUAUAUAUUUUUGAGAUAUUGGAAAAGCAUUCCUCAGAAGCCAUAUUUAAACAUAAAUUAGAAUGGCACUUAUUUGCUUGCUUAUUAUAAAUGUUAGAUUGGCAAUCAGUAGUAUCCGAAUUUCUCUUCAAAAUGCAUACUAUUCUUUUAUACCUAUAAAAACAUGUUCACACACUAAUAAUAAGUUAACAAAACCCUAUUGAAGACGAUAUAAAUAUUAAAAAAGUGUAGAGAAGCACCGAAUAUAUAGUUUCCAAGGUCGAAUAUUAAAUUUCGCCCCCCUAGUGAGUACAUAUAUUUGCAUAACAACUAUGAUUAUUUAUACGACUACUGUACAUAACCAUGUAAAUUACCAAAACUGUUACAAGAAUCGUUUACCUCGAGCGGAAGAUGAGAACCCAUGUUGAUUUUAUACAUAUAUAACAACUACGAUACGAAUAUUUAUUGCAUACUAUACUGUGUGAUUAAAGAUUUUAUUUUCUAAACUGG